GUGGCUGAGUCCCAGGGCGGGGAAUCGCGUAAUGGCGGACGCGGGCCGGGUGAGCGCGGCUGGGGGCGUAGCGCGCUGAGGGGGGUCCGGCUGUGUGGCAGUCCUUGAGGUGGCCCUUGAGUACAGACCCCGUGCGGAGGAGGGCGGCUGGCCAGCCUUUCCUUCGCUUGGGGCCACCGCGCGAGACCAGGUUGUUUUUCAUCAUUCAGAACAUUGCCUGAAGCAGGUCCACCAUGCCGUUAGUAACGAGGAACAUCGAGCCAAGGCACCUGUGCCGUCAGACGUUGCCUAGCGUUAGAAGCGAGCUGGAAUGCAUGACCAACAUCACACUGGCAAAUGUCAUCCGACAGCUGGGCAGCCUGAGUAAAUAUGCUGAGGACAUUUUUGGAGAGCUCUUUACCCAGGCAAAUACUUUUGCCUCUCGGGUAAGCUCCCUUGCUGAGAGGGUCGACCGCCUACAAGUUAAAGUCACUCAGCUGGAUCCCAAGGAAGAAGAAGUGUCACUACAAGGAAUCAACACCCGAAAGGCCUUCAGAAGCUCUACCAUUCAAGACCAGAAGCUUUUUGACAGGAACUCUCUCCCUGUACCUGUCUUGGAAACAUACAACACCUGUGAUACUCCUCCUCCUCUCAAUAAUCUUACCCCUUAUAGGGACGAUGGGAAAGAGGCACUCAAAUUCUACACAGACCCUUCGUACUUCUUUGAUCUUUGGAAGGAGAAGAUGCUGCAGGACACCAAGGAUAUCAUGAAAGAGAAGAGAAAGCAUAGGAAAGAAAAGAAAGAGAAUCCAAAUCGAGGGAAUGUAAACCCGCGUAAAAUCAAGACACGUAAGGAAGAGUGGGAGAAAAUGAAGAUGGGUCAAGAAUUUGUGGAAUCCAAAGAGAAGCUGGGGCCUUCUGGGUAUCCACCCACUUUGGUUUACCAGAAUGGCAGCAUUGGCUCUAUUGAAAACGUGGAUGCAAGCAACUACCCACCACCACCACAGUCAGACUCCACUUCUCCACCUUCUCCUUCCUUCUCUGAGGACAGCUUGCCUCCCCCACCAGCAGAAUUCAGCUACCCAGCAGACAGUAACCAAAGAGGGUCUGGCUUAGUUGGACCCAAAAGAUCCAGUGUGGUUAGCCCAAGCCAUCCACCACCAGCUCCUCCUCUGGGCUCUCCACCAGGCCCCAAACCCGGGUUUGCUCCACCACCUGCCCCUCCGCCUCCGCCUCCAAUGAUGAACAGUCCACCCCCACCACUGCCUGGAGGAUUUGGGUCUCCAGGGACCCCACCACCACCUUCACCCCCAUCUUUCCCACCUCACCCCGAUUUUGCUGCCCCUCCACCUCCUCCCCCACCACCAGCAGCUGACUAUUCAACACUGCCACCACCUCCCUUGUCCCAUCCAGCAGGAGGAGCCCCUCCCCCUCCGCCUCCCCCACCUCCUCCGGGGCCCCCACCUCCCCCUUUCAGUGGUGCAGAUGGCCAGCCUGCUGCACCUCUGCCACUUUCUGACACCACCAAGCCCAAGUCCUCCUUGCCGCCUGUGAGUGAUGCCCGCAGCGACUUGCUUUCAGCAAUCCGUCAAGGCUUUCAGCUGCGCAGGGUUGAGGAGCAGCGGGAACAAGAAAAGCGAGAUGUUGUGGGCAAUGACGUGGCCACCAUCUUGUCGCGUCGCAUUGCUGUGGAGUACAGCGACUCAGAAGAUGACUCCUCUGAGUUUGAUGAGGACGAAUGGUCGGAUUAACUCUUCUGCCUGCUGCCCACUUCCUUUUUCUUUCCUGCCUACCUGCCUUCUUUGCUGCCUAUCCCAACAGUCCCAAGGGGAAGAAAAGGGAGAAAAAAAAUUUCCAGGGGCCAAAGCCUUCCCUAAAGCAACCAAAGAUGUAUCCAAGUGCUUCCUCCAAAUCAACAUGUAUUUCCCAUCUCCCCGUAGUCAGGCCCCAUGCGGCUCCUGAGAUUCAGUAGCUGAGAUGUUUCCUGUUCCCUUCAAGUGACUGUUGCAUAUUGAAGAGAAGGAAAAACCCCAAAGCAGAUCCCUUUGAUUGGGUUUAAAUUGGAGUUGGUGCCUUCUCCUAAGAGCCAUUUUCUGUCGUUGUCUUCCAGAAUCCUUGCCCUCAGCUACUUCGAAUAAUGCCCCCCAUGUUCAGGUUCUAAAGCCUGGAGGGACACAGCUGGCCCCUUUUCCCAUGCACUAAGAGGGCAGAGCAGGCCACACACCCGCGUGCCUCACCCUUCUGCCCUGAUCAGCAGGGUGAGGCUACUUUUUUGCUUAAGCCACCUCUGUAUCUGGAUGCCCUUUAUUCCCGGGGCCAUCAAGCCCCUAAAGAAAUGUGUCACACACUCCCCCUACUGCUCAGAAACGACGCCUUUCUGAAAGCAGGGCUGGUUGCCUCCCUCCCAGGCUCCCUCUCAUGAAUGUGGUGUUCAGGUGGCCCUAAAAUGCCUCUCCCCCACCACCAGGUGCCUCCAAGCACCAUAGCCCAGUUCUCACCUCUAAUACCCAUGACCAAACUAGCUCUGACACGCAGGGAUCUGGGCCUCUGCUGGCUGUCAGGAGCCAAGGUUAGAGACUUGGAACUACAGGACUGGAAAAAUGGUAGAACUCCUUGGGUCCUGCCCUCUUAAUGAUGCUGCAGCCUAGAGAUGGAAGGUGACUUGCUCAAGGUCACACAGUUGGAUGGUGACAGAGCUAGAGCCCAGAGUUCCUGAUUCCAAAUCACCUGUGCUUUCUGGGACCAAAUAGUGGGCACCCCUGGAGUCUGGGCAGAGCAGUCUUGGCAUUGUGUAACUCUAGACCUCACCACAGGUGGGGGGUCCCAGUAGAAGGGCUCAGGGCCUGUGCCAGGCCUGUCAGUGCUGCUCAGACCCUUAUAGCCUCUAUUGUAAUUCUUUGCUCCCCCUUUCCUAUCACCAGCCAACCACCUGGCCUUGAGAGCUGCCCUUCUGGGGGACCAGAGGUAGUGAGAGAAGGAAGAGGGUAGGCAGCGUGACAGGUGCUGCUUUCAAUUCCUCUACAACUCCUCCCCCUUUUAUUUCCCCAAUUUAAGCGUAGGUUCUGCCAACUGUAGAAACUUCAGUCCCUCAGGCUGGCAGCUGCCUCAGGUAGCUGCCUGGAGGGGCCUGGCAGCCAUGAGAAGAGCUGAAAGGCAGAGGGACUCUGGGUCUUGUUUCCAGCUCCUCUCCUCACUGCACACGGUGAUGUUCCCUCCUUGCUCCCCCUUUCUCCCAGAGCUAAUACACAGGUGCUAUUAUUCAGGAAAAAACUGGUCAGCUUUGGCCAACAGUGAGGUUUCUUCUCUUCUGCCCUAACUAUUGUGUAGCCUCUUAUGCUGAAACCGGCUUCUCCUGGCUUCUCUGGCUUUCAGAGCCCUGAAACAAAGAGAAACAGGAUCUGCCUCUACCCAGCACAGCAAAUGGUUACAGUAAUUGUCAAAGCCCUCAUAAACCCUUCCGGCUUGAGGAGUGUGUAAGCACGGGUGCUGCCGCUGUGCCCUGGCUGAAUGUUCCCCCUCUUCUUUCCUUGAACUCCAGGUGUGGGGACUGAGCCUUUAGAGGCCAGCAUGCCCUCCUGCAGGGGCUGCUCUCCCCAGAUCAGAUGUCUCUGGCACAGGGCUGGCACCGGCUCAGUGAGGAGCGUAUCAGAUGGUGUGCACCCCUGCCUUGCUUCCCACCUUGCGAUCUGGGAGCUGAAGGGGCUUUCUUCAGAACCUAAAAUGGCUGUUGAAGGUGCCCCCGGCUGCAGCCCAGCAGUGGCUGAAGUGGCAGACGGAGAACAGUGGUUCUUCCAAAUAGGUGUCCUGGGGCCUGGCCAGGCCAGGGCAGGGUUUGGGCCUAAUGGCUUUGACUAAAUUACCCCAUCCCCCUCCUUCCUGGAAAAGGGGGAGCCAGCACCACUCACUAUCAUUCUGCUCUGACCUUGAAGGGGGCGGUGUUGGCUUGGCUUCUGGAAUGGACAGAGUCUGCUGUGGAAAGGGCUGGGGGCAGGAGGAGGUGGGGAGGGGCACUGCCUGCGGAAGGUAGGAUUAGAUCAUUAGCUCAGUGACCUCCUAGGGUUUCUAUGUGCUGUGUUCUCAUCCUACAGCUGGUUUGGUAAUGAUCUGCAAGUCCCGGAGAGCAACAGCACAGCUCUACCCGAUGCUCUCAUUAAAAUCUAUGCAGCCAAGCUCGGCGCUUUGUAGCAGCCGGCCUUGCGAAGCCUCCUCAGCUGGGGGGGUGCUGGGGACCCAGUCAGCCGAGAGGCCCUCUGGGCUCUACUUAUGCAUAUGUGCACACACACACAAAAAUUUCCUUAAACCCAGAGCUUCCUUUAAGAUGAUAAAGGACCUUGUGCAGGUAAUUGUGUGUCUUUGGAAUCCUGUAGUUAUAGAAUGCAAAGUUUAGUGAUUAUUUAAAGUGGGCUGAGGCUGGUAAGAAUAUGGAGCAAUGGCCCAUAAAGGACUCUAAGGGCUGAAGCCUGGGAGCCACCUCCCUUCCCUGGUCUGCCCAGCGCAGGGUCCUGCCCCCAUUCCUGUGGCCCAGGGCCCCAGCUUCCAGUCGGCAAGGUCAGAAGUGACUUGUGGCUUUGCCUUGGUUGUGAGAUGAGCACAUUCCAAAGAAGCAACCAUGGGGAGGGGGCAGGCUCAGCGAUCCCUUGGAGGCUCAGAGCAGCUGGCCCAAGCUCUAGCUCUCCUCCAGUGGAAGCUCAAGUGCCCUCAAAAACGACCCUGGCCAAUGUCACCGCAGAGCUGAGGCGGUGUUGUCAGGGCUAAUGUGAAAUCUCUUCCCGUGGCGCCGAUCCUCCGGCUCUGCAGCGCCAGCUUGGACAGAUUGAGGUCUCUGUGGCUUUGGUGACCCUGCUUAAGCAUUCCCACCGUGUCCCAGCUCUGCGCUCAGCCUGCCUCCCACUGCAGCCCCCCUCACCUGACCUCAGGGCCUGGGAGGAGGGUAGGCAGUGCCCCAAGGCCAGGGGCUUUUGCUCAGGAGAGAUGUCAGGCUUUCUAGGGGCAUCAGGCUUUCAGGUCUACUGGGCUCCAGCUAACCUGGGACCAGGUGUCGCCCAGAGAUGCGCCUCAUCCUGUGCCUCAGGAAGGGCUAGGGAACAAUUUUGUUACUGUAUUAACUUUACUCAGUUCACUUGAGAAACUAACCAAUUUUUACUUUCUGUCUAGAAUGAUGUAUGUGUAGGAGAGCUCCCGAAGUGCCUUGUUUUCUCUGUUAUAAAUAUAUUUAUAAGGACCUGAUCCAGUGGAUUCUUGGGUGUGUCUGCUACAUCAAGAUUUUAGGGACUGGGCAUAUAUGUAGUGGGGCUACAGUCUGAAGAUGGGUCCCCUUCCCCUGAAGAUGGGAAAGGAGCUUAAGGUGGAGAUCUGAGUAAUGGUGUUAAGCCAAACACCUAAAGUGAUUCUUUCCUCUUCACCCUACUCCUCUCAGGUCCUUGGAAGGAUGUCCAGUUUUUUAAAGCCCUGUGCCUCCAAGCCCGGUCUCAUUUGAGUCCUUGCCAGGCUCAUGUGUGUACUACAUUAGCACCCCAGUGACCUGAAGAUUCCAUGUAAUUGUUUUAUCUAUACAUGCGAAUACAUAAAUGCCAGCAUUUUAAAUAAUUUGAUAAAGUCUUUGUAGCCACUCAGCCA